AUGGCUGAUACUCCAGGCUUGAACCACCCGGACUCGAUCGAUUCGCAGGAUCCAAAUCAACACCCAGACGAGAAGAAACCGAAGAGCAGGAGGCCAGCGAACACCGCAUUCCGGCAACAGCGAUUGAAAGCAUGGCAACCGAUUCUCACACCCAAGACCGUCCUUCCUUUAUUCUUCGCUAUCGGAAUUAUAUUUGCGCCCAUAGGUGGAGGAUUACUAUAUGCUAGUCGAGCGGUCCAAGAGAUCAGUAUCGACUAUUCGCAUUGCCAGACCGACGCUCCUAUAUCCCCAGAGACAGCAGCUGUACCUAGCUCGGCGUACGAACAUUAUUUUGGAAAGGGAAAUACGACAUGGGGAGAGGAUGACCGUAGACCCCGGUGGUCCCGGCGAAAUCUGACUGAAGAAGAGAAGACAUUCGACGGGGUACCUUUCAAAUACGAUGUUUACCUAUGCCAACUCGAAUUUACGAUCGAGAACGAAAUGAAGGGUCCAGUAUACUUCUAUUAUCGCCUCACCAAUUUCUACCAAAAUCACAGACGUUAUGCCAAAUCUUUCAACAUCGACCAACUUGGCGGCAAAGCCGUUUCUGAAAGCUCAGUCCACAGCAGUGACUGCACACCACUCACGACGGCUGUCGAUCCCAGGGACGGCGUUAAAAAGCCAUACUAUCCUUGCGGAUUGGCUGCCAACUCUGUUUUCAAUGAUACAUUCGGCAACCCAGUUCGAGUCGGAGCUGCGAACGAUCCCGUGCCGUAUCUCAUGUCGAACAAAAGCAUAGCAUGGAAUAGUGAUAAAGAGUUAUAUGGAAAAUCCAAGUACAAUCUAGCGACGGAUGUGAUACCUCCACCAAACUGGGAAGGCCGCUAUCCUAAUGGUUAUACUGCGGACAGGUACCCAGACCUUGUUGAGGACGAGUCUUUCCAGGUUUGGAUGCGUCUAGCUGGUCUUCCAACCUUCAGCAAGCUUGCGCAAAAGUCAAAUGACAAUAUGCCUGAAGGAAAAUACCAGUUGAAUAUCACUAGUUUCUUCAACGUAACCGAGUACGGAGGCACCAAAUCAAUCGUCAUCAGCACCGGAACCGUCAUGGGUGGAAGAAACCCCUUCCUCGGCAUCGCAUACGUCGUAGUCGGUGGAAUCUGCGUUGUCCUCGGCGCCCUAUUCCUCGUCACUCAUCUCGUCAAACCAAGAAAAUUGGGCGAUCAUACCUAUCUAUCGUGGAACAACGUCGGUGCCCAUUCCGGUCCUUCAGACGGUGUCCUUGCUGGUGAUAGACCAUAA